UGGUUCGGAUUUGUUAUUCUAUUGACGGUUAACUGUCGUAUCGUUUUAGAGCUGUACUGCAAUACAUUUUAUAUUGAUAGUUCUUAAUCCAUGUGAAAAUGUUAAAGACCGUUGUUUUUGUCUCGUUGUUCAUCUCCUAUAGUCUUGUAUCGUCCGAAUACAUCUAUAAGGGAUUCGACGAGCAUUUCAAACCGGAAUGGUGGCAAACGGACAUCAUCUAUCAGAUUUACGUGAGGUCAUUUAAAGAUUCUAACGGCGACGGAAUCGGAGAUCUUAACGGUGUGACUGAAAAAGUUGAUUAUUUCAAAAGCAUCAACGUUGGAGCUAUUUGGUUAUCUCCUAUAUUUAAAUCUCCACAAGACGAUUUCGGUUAUGAUAUAUCGAACUACAAAAUGAUCGAUCCGUUGUUCGGCACGAUGGCAGACUUUGACCGUUUGAGAGAUGCAUUCCACAAUAACGGGAUAAAAGUAAUAUUAGACUUUGUGCCGAACCACACCAGCGACGAACACCCGUGGUUCACGAAAUCUGUCGACAGAAUGGAACCGUACACGAACUAUUACGUGUGGAAAGACGCGAAAUACGAUAAAGACGGCAACAGAAUUCCUCCGAACAACUGGUUGGGCGUGUUCAACAGUGGGCCUGCUUGGGAAUGGAACGAAAAACGUCAGCAGUACUACUAUCACGCGUUCCAAGUGAAACAGCCCGACUUGAACUACAGGAACCCAAUGGUCGUGGAGGAAAUCAAGAACACCAUACUCUACUGGCUGGGACGUGGCGUGGACGGGUUCAGAUUUGACGCCGUCAACUAUCUGUACGAGAGAGAAGACCUAGAGGACGAACCGAAAUCGAACUACCCCGGUGCUUACGACACCGAUUACAGCAGUCUGAUCCAUACGAACACGCUCGACCAACCGGAAACUUACCAAAUGGUCCACUUGUGGCGGGAACUCUUCGAGGAGUACUCCAUCUCCGAGAAAACACCCAACUUCUUCAUGGUCGAAUGCUAUUCGCCGCUGAACUACACCAUGCUGUACUACGGCAACACGACCCAUCCCGGUGCUCAUUUCCCGUUCAACUUUUUGUUCAUCAACUCGUUCAAUAAACAAUCCGACGCGAAUCAGGUGUACGACAUGAUCAAAUCGUGGAUGUUGAACAUGCCCGAAGGGAAGUGGGCCAAUUGGGUGCUCGGGAACCACGACAACUCCAGGGUCGGUACCAGGACGCACCCGUUGUUGGUCGACGGUCUGCAUAUGAUGCAAAUGCUGUUGCCGGGCACGCCGAUCACGUACUACGCCGACGAGCUCGGUGUCGACGACACGUACGUCCGAUGGAAUCAGACCGUGGACCCGGCCGGUUUGAACGUGGGCCCCCUGCGGUACACACAGUUCAGCAGAGACCCCGAGCGCAGCCCUUUCCCCUGGGACGAUUCGCGCAACGCAGGUUUCACUAAUGCGACGGAAACUUGGCUGCCCGUCAACCCGGAAUAUUGGCACGAAAACAUGGUGGAGCUGUCCAAGCACAAGAGCCAUUUGAGAACGUACAGACAGCUAUCGCGUUUGAGACAGAGCCCGACGAUUGUCAAAGGAGAUUUGCACAUAUACGUGCUAUCGAAAUGGGUGUUCGGUUUCUCGAGGAGUUUUUAUGAUCAUACGACAUUCUUUGUCGUCGUUAAUUUUGGCAGUAUACUAGAAGUGAUUGACUUACGUGCAGCUAGACCAACGCUACCGGAAAUUUUAAAAGUCAAAGUUUCCAGUGUCAACUCAGGAUACGUAACUGGUAAUUUGCUUAAAUCUCAUUCCAUAACGUUAAGACCAAAAGCAAGUCUUGUACUGUCGACAACAAUAAUCAAUGGAGACUAAAAAUCGGUGAAAAUAAUUAAAAAAAAAAAAAAAA